CAAACUUCCGACAAGGAUGCGCGAAACCCUCUGAGGGAUUUCCCUUUAUUUGAUAUCCUUGUUUAUUAGCCUUGAAAGAGGAAAAACGCAGCAUUACAGACUAGAAACGCAGCGCCAGUCAUGUCAGAAACAUACGAUUUCCUGUUUAAGUUUCUUGUGAUUGGAAAUGCUGGAACAGGAAAAUCCUGUCUUCUUCAUCAGUUCAUAGAAAAAAGAUUCAAAGAUGACUCAAAUCACACUAUUGGGGUUGAAUUUGGCUCGAAGAUAAUCAGCGUGGUCAAUAAGUUUGUCAAGCUCCAGAUCUGGGACACAGCGGGACAGGAGCGUUUCAGGUCUGUAACAAGGAGUUAUUACAGAGGCGCAGCAGGGGCUCUUCUAGUCUAUGACAUCACUAGUCGAGAAACAUACAAUGCUCUGACCAACUGGCUGACAGACGCCCGGAUGUUGGCCAGUCAGAACAUAGUGAUCAUACUGUGUGGAAACAAGAAGGAUCUGGAUGCUGACCUUGAGGUGACCUUCCUGGAGGCUUCACGCUUCGCUCAAGAGAAUGAGCUGAUGUUUUUGGAGACCAGUGCUCUGACAGGGGAGAAUGUGGAGGAAGCUUUCGUCCAGUGUGCUCGGAAAAUCCUUAACAAAAUUGAAUCAGGAGAGCUGGACCCAGAGCGAAUGGGUUCAGGAAUCCAGUAUGGAGAUGCGGCUCUCCGACAGCUGCGUUCACCUAGACGGGCACAAGCCGAGAGCGUCCAGGAGUGUGGCUGUUAACACACGUCCCUCUGAACAGACAGCUCAACAACCAGGUUUUGCGAACACAAUGACGAGGAGAACAUUAGUGGGGCGUUUGACGUACGGCUCAUCGUGGUGGAACGAUGUUUCCCUCACCUUACUUUUACUUCUGUUCUGACACGCCGGGGGUCUCCCUGCGCUCCAGAAAGCCUCCGAAAAAUGUUUACUGUCCCCCUCGGGCUCCAGACCAAGACAUCCGUGGUACCCAAAACUCCUGAGGGUAGAUAAAAGAUACUGCACUGAGCCCCUGCCCCGUCUUUUCCCUUUUCCAAAUGUAGAUGUUGUGUAGAGAAGAGUUUAUAUUAUCACCGUGGAGCAUGUUUCAUGGUUGCAGUACUACAACAUAUUCAUAAAUGACUAUAUGCAGCAAAUGUGUAUAUAUAUAUAUAUAGCUUAGGCAUACUGCAUCACUGCUCUCUGGCGCGCAGCUGUAAAUCUUAUCAAAGUUUAUCAUGUGGAUUAUAUCGAUAGCUCAUUGCUUUUAUUUGUUGUUUUUUCUUAUUGUCUGUUAAGGAAAGGCUGCUGUAGUGUUUGAUUAGUGUUUUUUACAAUCAGAGGCAACAUUUAAAAGGUCAACACACUUACUUUCAUAUCACACUGUAAUACAUUGUAUUAACAGCUUCAGUGUUACUGAAUAUUUAUUGUUAAGCAUUUUUAACCAUUUGUUUUCGUGUUGCCGUCCCCUUUGUAGGUUUUUGUUGGAAAGACACUAAAGUUUUUAAAGCCAUUCCUUGUUUUCAAAAGUAAAUUGCGUUUU